AUGGAUUCUCUGAAGAAUUGCAGGAAUGAGCCUGAAUGGUAUUUUGAGGCAUCCCAAGGAUGCUGCCAGUACCAUGUGGACAAUGCAUACAUACAGGCUCUCCAAACAAAACUGAUGGCUCCAAAACAGGAGCACACGUGCUUCUGGGCGGCGCUCCUGUCUUCAGAUGUUCAAACCUCAUUGCUUUUCCGGGUUGUUGGUCUUCUUCUGCCCAACCAGACGAUAGCAUCCACUGUGUUUUGGCAGUGGUUGAAUCAGAGCCACAAUGCGUGCGUCAACUAUGCAAACCGCAAUGCGACAAAGCCUUCUCCGACGUCCAAGUUCAUCCAGGGCUACUUGGGAGCUGUCAUAAGUGCUGUCUCAAUAGCAGUGGGCCUUAAUGUUCUGGUACAGAGAGCAAACAAGUUUACCCCCGCCACUCGUCUCUUGAUCCAGAGGUUUGUGCCAUUCCCUGCUGUCGCCAGUGCCAAUAUCUGCAACGUUGUCCUGAUGAGGCACACAGAGCUGGAAGAAGGAAUUGAUGUUUUGGACAAUAAUGGAAACAUUGUCGGCUCUUCCAGAAUUGCUGCAAAACAUGCACUGCUAGAAACGGCCCUGACGAGAGUGGUCCUGCCGAUGCCUAUACUGGUUCUACCUCCAAUUAUUAUGUCCAUACUGGAAAAGACAUCGCUUCUGAGGUCCCGUCCCCGGAUGGUUCUCCCAGUCCAAAGCCUUGUGUGCCUCGCUGCUUUUGGCCUGGCCCUCCCCUUGGCCAUCAGUCUCUUCCCACAGAUGUCUGAGAUCGAGACGUCUCGCCUGGAGCCGGAGAUCGCAAUGGCCACCCCCAGUAAGACCGUCAUCUACAACAAGGGGUUGUAAGUGGGAGCUGCACACCCCUCCACCCAGAAGAUCUGGGCAGGGAGAGGGGGAAAAGUGAGAUGUCAACUGGGAGAGAACGCAGCAGCGAGACAACACAAAUCCUAGAGCUCAGCGAUAGUCCUACUGCUCCCAGAGAGCGGGAGUGGGGUAACACUUUUGGAGAACUGACACCUCUCACACCACUCAACAAAAUUAACAUUAAAAGUUUUAACUUAGCAACA